AUGCUCUCUUCGAAUUCUUCAGAUUCGCAACCAGUGGAAUAUUCGGGCCCACUUGGCUCUAAUUCCAGCUCGAUGUCCACACCUUGGUCAUCAAAAGCCACACCAGCAAUGACAUCACCAGUGCGUCGGACGGUAUCACUACGAGGAACGGCAAUAAGACGACCUAGAGCUACUUCAUAUUCUAUUGAUUCACCGGCGAGUAACUCGUUGACCUCUUUUGUUAGUGCGUCAUCACGGAAUUCAGCUGAUUACGAUGUCACUAGCGUGGAUGACUUAAUAAGUGAGCCGGGUCCAGAUUACAUUAAAUCAAAUCUUAAGUCUUACAACAAGAAGCUUAUCACUUAUAUGAUGCAACAAGGACUAAACUUGAAUCCACUUAAACUUAAGCAAAGAAAGAUUUCCAAGGGAAAGGGACUUUUAGGUAUGGUUUUGCGUGGUGAAUCGCGCAACCCAAACAUUGAAACGUUUGUCACUAGCAAUGGACAAAUCCUCUUCAUUCCAUUUAAUCCGUUCAAAAAACGCCGUCGCCGUCAUCAUCAUAAUCAUCAACAUGGAGAGGGAGGAAAUAGUGAGGACGAUGAUGAUUAUGAAGGCCAUGAAGAGGAGGAGGAUGGUAUUACAGACGACGACAGCUCGUCGGAUGAAGAAGCACGUGGCAAUAAUGAAAUUGAUGAGGCACCUUUGAAUGCAUACAACCCGAUUUCAAAAACAAUUACAACUGCAACAACAGCCACAGAAUUGGCUCGUGGUCAUCACAGGCAUACAGUGACAAGUCAUACUUUUUGCAUAAUUAUCAAGUUAGCCAAGGAAGAAACACUAAAUACUGUUGUCCGAGCAAGUUACCAUGCCGAUGCUCGCACUAAAUGGUCUCAAGGUAUCCCUGCUGACGGUAAGCAUGUGAAAUAUAAGGAGCACUACAGGGUUUCGAAUUUUUUGGAUUGGGAUCUCAAUAUGGAUAACCCGGACUGUUUUAUCCCGUUUAAGGACUACGAUGACGAUAGUCUGUCGAUGGACUUAAAUGCGGAUUCCGAAUCCAGCAUAGCAUCUACAAUGAAGGAUGUUGUUUUUGCCGAAGGUCCAACUCAAGAUGUACGAGUUUUUGAGUUGUUAGCUCCAAAUGAGCUUCCUGAUGAGGAUCUCAGCGGCUCUAAAGAUGCAGAUACUACCAGAAAUCUUUUUGAGGACAUGAACUACGGUAACUCAAAGACUUUCCAACCUGGUUAUUAUGUAUUUUUGUUGCCAGUCGUAUAUCCAAUAAAUACGCCGGAGACAGUUUUAACACCAAUCGGGUCUGUCGUCCAUAAGUUUAAUGUUCAAAUUGACAAGGAGCCAUACCAGCCAUCUAUACAGGCACCACAGAUGAGCAUGUCUACACCUCUACACCAUUCCAAGUUUGACGAUGCAUUAUAUUCAGUUGAUCAGGCUACUAGGGUACGUUCGCAUACUUCAACAGAGCACGAGCAACCUUCUUCACCUAAGCGGCCUCACUCAUUGAUUAAAUCUUCUUUUUUGAAGAAAUUUUCAAUUCAUAGGCAGGCAAGUAUAAAAUCGUCGAGCUCCAAAUUAUUAAAUGGCCUUAAGCCACAUUCGACUGAACCAACACGCUCAUUUUUUGACUUCGGUUACAAUCUUCCUGUUGUCAGACUUCCACCUUCUGACGCCACUUCGACACUCAAUAAAUCUAUAUACGUGAACAAAAUAUGGAAUGAUGCACUUAAUUAUGAACUGCUUCUUCCGAGGAAAUACAUUACACUUUCACCCGUGUAUGAUGUUAAUGACCAGUUUCUCAAACCUCAUAUGUUUAUGUUGCAAAUGAAGUUGAUACCUCUGGUCAAGGGACUUUGCUUAAAAAGGAUAAAAUUCAACGUUGUGGAAAAGGCUACAUACAUUUCCAAGGAUAGAAAGUAUGAAGAAGAUGUUGGUGAUGUUGAUCGGACUGGUGUGAAGGAGCGUGUUGUGACGUUACUUGAGAUAAAAGCCAAGGAUCGGCCUUCACGUGGUGAAUAUCCCCCACUUUGUUCCCAGGUUGUCACUGGCUGCCAGAAUGAUAAUCUCUUGACUUGCUGCUAUAAGACAUCAACAUUUGGAAACGAUAAAAAAUCGAACUCCAAAAUUUCACAUCGGGAUAAAGAUGAUAUUAUCAUUACUAAUCCGGUUAAGAUUCAGUGUCCACUCACAUUCACCGCCAAUGAUGAGUCGAAAUUUAUUAGAACUGUUCAUAAGAAUUUGUGCAAAGGAACAACAGAUAUAAACGAUUUGAGAGAUUCUUCUUCAGAGGAUCUCGAUGAUACGAAUGAUGUUUUGUCCAUAUUCUCUGUUAAUUCUCAAUCAAACUCUGGUGCACCGGACUCCAGUAUUGACAAUUGUAUUGAGUCAUCUUUUAAUGCAAACGGAUCAUCCGUUUUAAAAAAAGUGAAAUCGCAGAGCGCUGUCGAGGGUAAUGAGGAUGGAAAUUAUUGGGUAUCAAAAUCUCCAACGUUGUCUUCAGUCCUUUCUCCAAAAUCAAGGAAAACAUUUUAUGGACUUUCUCCACCGUCUGAUGCUCUGUCAACGUUAACAGAUGAUGAGAAAAGAAGAAUAUAUACAUUCUUUCCUGAUGUUACCUUCCACAAUGUUAAAAUUCGUCAUAGGCUUCAAGUGUGCUUCAGGAUAAGCAAACCAGAUCCGAGUGUACUUGUCGAAGGUGUACCAAAAAUGCAUCACUAUGAAGUUAUUGUGGACACGCCGAUUGUAUUUGUGUCUCCGUUCUGCGCUUCUGAUACAGUUGAAUUACCAUCAUACGAUUAUGCAGUGAAAUCUCAGAACUUUGAUCCCCCUAGCUCCCAGCAAUUCGACUUUUCACAACUGGAUAGAAGUGAUUCGAGUAUGGAACCACGCCUCCCUACAUUUGAGGAAGCUGUUCUUCAACCGGGAUCUCCAAUGAUGACUGGUCUGUCUGGUGAGCCAAAUGCGUAUCCAGGAUCGGUUGAUCUCACAACUGUGGUGUCACCAUCACCUAUGUCAACUAUGUCAGCGUCACCCCUAUCUUCACGUAUGGAUCAUGGAUUUAAUAAUCUAGAUUCUGUAGUGGACAUGGGUUCCAAAAAUACUGUUCCAAAUAAGUUUUUUGCCAAGCAAACCAUUCGGAAGACUUCCGUCGGUACUAGCAGUAAACUUUCUGCUGCCGCUCAUCGUGACGGUCGGCAAAAUGAACAGAAAUAUGGAUCCAUUGACUCGGCAUUGGGUGUGGGCGGAAAUCACAAUCCUAGCAGGUCAUCACUUGUUUUUGAUACUAAAGAUUUGCCAUCGUAUCAAUCUGUAAUUGAAGAGGAGAUGUCUGAUGGUUUGGAGCAGAAAAUGAAGCUUUUAAACGUUUCCACUGAUGGUAGAAGCAAAACUCAGAAUUCUUUAUCCGAUGCUGAUAUAACUGCAACUGAUAUGGAGAACUAUACUGAAUCAAAGGUGCCUGUUGGUGAUAACAAAAUAAAUGAUAGUAACGACGAUGAUACAGGAUCGUGGAGUACAUUGAAUUCUCUGGAAAGGGCGCACGCUAGGCAUGUGGUAUAG